CUCUUCAGGGAUACAGAUUGAAUAUAGAACUACAUUGGUGUACUGACAUCGAAAUAGUUGUAAAGACAAAACCAUUGAACCAAAGAGAUUGUAUUCAUUUAACGUGGAAAUGUUACUCGUGCAGAAUAAAUAUUGUCUCUGAGCUAACUUCCCUAAACUGUCGUCCCAGUCCCAUCCAGUUUGUUGUCAUCAUGUACGUAGCCUACUCCACCGGUGCCUCUGUUUGAAACACGGAACUUCUGUAGGAGGUGAAUGGGUAGGGUCGUGAUUAGCACAUUUAAACAGACAGGUCCUUGGUGAAGUUUGGCGCCGGGGUCAGAGAGUUACACCGAGUCUGGUGGGUGUUGUUGUUUCACCACCUGUCGGUUUUUAUCGGGACUAAUCAUGUUACCGUUGGGGACACUGCGUAAACGCAUCGAGCCAGUGGUCCUAUGUGCCCAAAUAGCAAGCGCGUUUUUCGACACCGGCUUGCAGAUGGUGGUUAAAGAGCAAUGCGCCAUUGCGACUGAUGCGCUUAAUCCAACCCCCACCGAGGACAGCCGGCAGAAAGCUAUGUCCAACUUUUACAUGAUAUAUAACAUGCUGUCCAAGUUCGUUCCGAUCCUACCCGCCAUUAUCUUAGCCAAGGUAGGGGACCUGGGCUACCGUAAGAUCCCCAUCGUCAUCCCUCUGGUGGGUUACCUGGUCUCCAGAGUGGUCUUACUCCUGGUCAUAGUGAUGGAGCUCCCGAUACAGGCGAUGUUCGGCGGGGUGGUGUUCCACGGACUCAGCGGCGGGUUCUGCUCCUACUGGGCCGGGGUCAUGGCCCUGGUGUCGCUCACCUCCACCGAGGAGGACCGCUCUCUCCGCAUGAUGCACAUGGAGCUGGUCUACGGCAUAGCCGGACUUAUAGGUAGUUUGGUGUCCGGGCACCUCUUCCAGUUGUACAGUGUGGACUUUAAACAGGGGACUCUGUUAGUGAGCCUGAGUGUCUCCCUCUACUUGUUGUGUCUCAUCUACACAACGUUCUUCUUUUUAAUGCCAACCGUCUCGCCAAGCGCACAAGAGCGCAACGAGACCAACGGUAUCGACACGCAAUAUUCCAAGAAUACUCUGAACAUUCUGCUUCUUUUUGCGGGUGGGAUUCUAUAUGACGUGGCGGUGGGAGGAGGCAUGGAGAUACUGGUGACCUUUGAGAUGAAGGAGCCACUAAACUGGAACGCCACCCAGGUAGGUUACGGCAAUGCCGCCGGGUUCCUGGUCUUCCUGACGAGCUUCCUGGGUGUCAUGAUAAUGUCCAGGUGGGUGAGUGACGUCACCCUCAUCAUCCUCGGCAUGGUGUCCUUCGCUGCCGGGAUCUACUUUAUGGCCUUCGUCACGGCAACGUACAUGUUCUAUCUGGCACGAGCCCUCACACUGUUCGCCCUGAUUCCCAUGCCCACCAUCCGUGCCCUACUGUCUAAACAGGUCAACGGCUCAUCAUAUGGGAUCACCCUCAUCUCACUGCAGCUGUCCUUUAAGAUCGCCAGCCUGGCUUACACUCCCAUCUACACCAAGGUUUACCAGGCUACGUUGGACUGGUUCCCUGGGUUCGUCUUCACCCUGUCCAGCAUCUUCACCGUCCUGGCCACCAUACCUGUCAGCAUGGUGGGCUGCAGAGCUGGCCGGGCUGACGGUUAUGAAAGGAUCCCGGGGGACUGAGGGCGGUGAUGUCGUCGCGUCACCAUGUCAGGCUACGAGACAAUACUGGGGGGUACUGUGAAUGUUGGUGGAAACCACACUAUAACGAGCCUUGGAUUGAAUCCCAGCCUGAGACUGAGCCAAUGGACAUGAACUGACAUGGUAUUAAUGAGAAGAGUGUUGACUGAUCCACUGCCUACUACCCAUGGCCUUAAUAUAGAAUAAUCAUAGACUGGUCCACUGCCUACUACCCAUGGCCUUAAUAUAGAAUAAUCAUAGACUGGUCCACUGCCUACUACCCAUGGCCUUAAUAUAGAAUAAUCAUAGACUGGUCCACUGCCUACUACCCAUGGCCUUAAUAUAGAAUAAUCAUAGACUGGUCCACUGCCUAUUACCCAUGGCCUUAAUAUAGAAUAAUCAUAGACUGGUCCACUGCCUACUACCCAUGGCCUUAAUAUAGAAUAAUCAUAGACUGGUCCACUGCCUACUACCCAUGGCCUUAAUAUAGAAUAAUCAUAGACUGGUCCACUGCCUACUACCCAUGGCCUUAAUAUAGAAUAAUCAUAGACUGGUCCACUGCCUACUACCCAUGGCCUUAAUAUAGAAUAAUCAUAGACUGAUCCACUGCCUACUACCCAUGGCCUUAAUAUAGAAUAAUCAUAGACUAGUCCACUACCUACUACCCAUGGCCUUAAUAUAGAAUAAUCAUAGACUGAUCCACUACCUAUCCCAUGGCCUUAAUAUAGAAUAAUCAUAGACUGGUCCACUGCCUACUACCCAUGGCCUUAAUAUAGAAUAAUCAUAGACUGAUCCACUGCCUACUACCCAUGGCCUUAAUAUAGAAUAAUCAUAGACUAGUCCACUACCUACUACCCAUGGCCUUAAUAUAGAAUAAUCAUAGACUGGUCCACUGCCUACUACCCAUGGCCUUAAUAUAGAAUAAUCAUAGACUGGUCCACUGCCUAUUACCCAUGGCCUUAAUAUAGAAUAAUCAUAGACUGAUCCACUACCUAUCCC